ACGAACACACGUGCUCCCUCCUGCCGCCGCCAGCGUUCCAACAACGUGUUCCCUAGUCCCAAGUCGCGCGAACCCGUGGCCUCGGCGUUAGCACAACACAGCUUCUCCUAACCUCCGGGGCGACUUGUCACUCCCGCGAAAAAGUGUCCUCAGCGCAAUCUACUCCACAUAACACGAUUAGCCCCCCGUAUCGUAUACGCGCAUUCACCCCAGUCGCACCCGCAAUCGCAAUCACAUACGCAUCGACAUUCCUCGCGCGCGCUGCUUCAAAACUCAUAUCUCGAGCCUCAAGCACAACGCGACGAAGACGAAGACGAGGCUCAGCCCAGAACGCUUCGCCCAAACCCCAGAAAAGGGCUACCACACUCUACACACCGUAUACCGCACAUCGCAUAUCCGCUACAAUGUCAAGUAGAUUCACCCGCGCCGACCCCCGCGACGACCUCUUCUCCUCGUACAACCGCAGCGCCUCACCCUCGAAAUCAAAAAACAAAUCCCGCGCUUCCCCUUACAAUGCUAGUAUAAGUCAAGGAUAUGGGUAUCCUGGUCCUUCUGCGGAUGCGUAUCCUGGGAGUAGUAGUGGAGGCUUGUAUCCUGGAGGUGGAGGGAUGAGUGGAUACGGAGGAUACGGCGUAGGAGGCGGAAGGGGGAGUGAUGAUGGGAGAGAUGGCAUAUAUCGGGCUGCGACACCGAAUUCAAGAGGGCAGUACUCGGCGGCUGUGUUGGAUGAGUUGGAGAGUCAGAAUGAUGAGCAUGUUGGUGUGUUGACGGGCAAGGUUAAGAUGUUGAAGGAUUUAACCCACCUCAUUGGCGACGAAAUCCGCGACUCCACCACCCUCGCCGAGAAAAUGAACGACCAGUUUGAGAACUCGAGACAUAAGAUAAAGGGGACGAUGAAUCGCAUGUUGAGGAUGGCGCAGAAGACGGGCGUGGGGUGGAAGGUUUGGGUCGGGUUCUUUGCGGCGGUUAUUUUGCUGUUCUGGUGGGUGUGGUUAGGUUAGUUGAGGAGGAAGGGUUGGGAAGAGGAGGUGAACCGAGGUUUGACGACAGGAUGAGGAGGAUGCGGUUAUGAGCAUGCGAUAUGGAUUAGAGGGUAUGCACAAUGUUGGUGCUAUGGUAGCUUCGGGGGAUGCUUAGAGAAGAGAUAGGUUGCGUUACCAUUGCACUGCAUUUAGCAUGGUGUUGUGGCG